CUUCGUUUUGAGUUUUCUCAGCCGCUGUGUACGCUGUUUGGUUUUACAAUUUUUGUCCAUAUUUUCAUUAAUUUAUUGAUAAAAUACGUUGUACCCCGUUAAUUUAUUAAAAUCUAAUACUUAAUAUUAAUAGCAACAUUUCAAUACCAGGUUAUUAUCGACCUGUCAGAAAGUAAGAAGACAUUUUUCCGUCAAGCUGCUCUCGCAAAUUUCGCAAAAUAGGAGACGAAAGCCCCUUUAAGUUUUCUAAUUUUAUAUCGAAUCUGCCACCAAUCGGUGGUAGAGCGAUGCCUCGCUGCAGCAAACGCACUCGGAGUGGGGCUCCCACCAAUGAGGUGCUGCCGGGAGCGACUGCCAUAGACGAACAUCACCACCACAAGAGGUCUAGAAAUAGCAGUUCUCGACGACAUACCAAAACAGAAGACACCAGCUUCAGUGCAAGGAAAUGUUUAACUUGGUUCAAAGAAUACACGUCCGUGUCAGAGCCAGAUGUUUUAGGUCCUGAGGGAAUGGAAAAGUUCUGCGAAGAUUUAGGAGUUGACCCGGAGAAUGUAGUAAUGUUGGUGAUAGCUUACAAAAUGGGUGCCAAACAAAUGGGCUUCUUCACACAGGAGGAAUGGUUGAAAGGUUUAACUGAACUGCAGUGUGACAGCGUGCACAAACUACAGAACAAAUUAGAAUAUUUACGCAAUUUACUAAAUGACCCCUACGUAUUUAAGGCUGUAUACAGAUAUUCUUAUGAUUUUGCUAGGGACAAAGACCAGCGGUCGCUGGACACGGGCACGGCGCGCGCGCUGCUGGGCGUGCUGCUGCCGCGCUGGCCGCUGCGCGCGCCGCUGGCCGCCUUCCUGCAGCGCGGGCGGCGCUACCGCGUCGUCAACCGGGACCAGUGGUGCAACAUCCUCGAGUUCAGCCGCACCAUAGACACGCAGCUCACGGCCUACGACGCGGACGGAGCCUGGCCAGUAAUGCUAGACGAAUUCGUAGAAUGGCUGCGGUCCGAGCGAGCCAACGAGGCGGCUAUGCCCAGCGCCAGCUGAAACAAGACGGUCAGGUAAACCCGCGGGUAAACACAUGCACAGCCCAACUCACUAUUAUAGAGGUUAUUAUACCAUACAUAAUACAGCUGUUGAAAUUUUUUACUCGACCGUACUGAUAUGUAGAAAGAAAGUAUUGAAGGUAUUGGAAUGAUUUGUCACUCGAUGUCCAUCAAUUGUUAUGUCUUACCAGUAGAUAGGUAAACCCGAUGGAAAUAACACGUACGCCAAAAUCUUAUACUGCAUAUAUAUAUAUAGGAUUAUUCCGUGAACAAUUUUUAUGAAUCACAAUAACAUACUGGCAAGGCGAAAGAAUUAAUUUUAAAAAUCGAAUGUCAAACCGUACCAAUCAAUAUGAUUGGUUUGAAUUAUAAAUCGAGGUCUCGAAUGUUUUUUUUUAUAUUUUUUUUUAUCUUCCACUUGUAACGUGAAACAGUUUUUCAGACCAUUUGAGUAUGAGAAAAGCCUGUGGGCAAAAGACUGGUGGAUAGAGAUCUUUAUUUCUUUUUUUUUUAAAGUACGGUUAAUCGAUUCUGCACGCCUUGAUGAUAUGAGAUAAAGGAUAUUUUGCAUUGUUGUUUGAUACUGAAUGUUCAUCACAUCACUGAUAAUUUAGAGGUUGUGGGCCAAAUUAUUAUAAAAUACAUACAAAUGAUCUCGCCUCCUUUUCGUUCGGUAAAAAGAGACUAUAUCUUUCCACUUGCUAUGAUCAUACAAUAACAUAUUGAAGUUUUAUAUAAUUGGCUAUCACAAGCUUGUAUCACUUGAAUGUCCAAUGAGAUACUGAAAAAUAGAUCCGAUAACAGAUGGUCGCCUUAAAAGGAUUAAGAAACUGGCACCAAGAUGUGCGCGGUCGAUUGACUUAUUAGUUUAUAUACACACCUGCCCAUCUAAUAAAAACGUCUGAACAUGUCAAUCUUUCUUCUAUUGGUGAUAAGGCGGUGCUGUAGUUUCAGAGAUUAAACCAAAGAAACAUCUCACAGAUAAUCAAUCAAUUGAGCUUCUUUUAUUACUUGUUCGCGUACCUAGUGAUGUGACUUUGAAUGAAAAUAUCAAAAUUAUCGAUGUUUCUUAAUCUAUAAAGUAUUAACAACUAUUCACAGAAAUAAUAUUAAUCGCACAUGUUUCUUACCGACUUACUGACCGUUAGGAAUUUUACAACGUGAGUUUGUUUGUUAUCACAUAACUCAGAAAACUUCUUACUUUAUUAAUAUGAAAAAUUUUUGGUCCUAUUAAUGUCCAAAUAAAUAUGAAAACAAAAGAAAAGAAAAAUAAUUGCAUGCAAUAUCCUUAUCAAAUUAAAUUCAUUCCCAAAUUGAAUGUUUUAUGUGUAAUUUAUAUUUGAGACACUCAACUAUUUAAAAAAAAAUUUGAGCGUCUCAAAUACUACUUUCUACUCAAAUAUAUAUAAAGUACUUGAGUAGAAACUUAAAUACUGGUAUAUCAGUAUCAUGAAAUACCGGUAAGGCCUUCAUACUCACGCGCAACAUGUAGUAUGCUGGUUUCUCAUUACCCCCACCAUUUGGAGCGAACGUUUCAGAACACUGUCAAACGAUAAAGGUUUCAACAACGAGGUGAGAAAUAAUGCUGAAGUGUUUAAAAAAGCAUUUUGAAAAACCUCAUUAAAUUUGAAAUCUUAUCUUUGCUUAAUGUCAGCUAUAUAUCGGAUAAGAUCUGAAAAAUUAAGGAACGGGUUCGAACAAUAAUGUAAACGUGCCGAUAGUCACAAAUUGACGAUGGUCCACGUAAAAUAACUGACCAUUUCGUGUGCAAGUUUCGUUUAUACUUCGCCGCGAUAUUUGUGGUAGUUUUUGUAAGGAAAACAGGCCUUAAUGUGUAUUAGCUGCUCAGCUGACACCAUUGUAACCUUUUGGUGGGGGGAUAUUUAAAUAGGUCAACUGAUCGUCACAGCUCCACGUCCAUAGAAAAGCCGUUAAUUUUUUUAUUAAGAUAACACUUUGGCAAUGAAACCUUAAACGACAUUAGAGCGGUAAUAUUGAUUUUAAACAAUGACCAUCUUUUUCCGCUCAAGUUUGCUUGAAUAAGGUACGGAUUCAUACAUGGAAGAUAACAGAAUAACUAAAUAAUUGAAAUGUCAACGCCACGAUAACACGCUUGCACCAUCAAAUCACUAUCACAUGGGACGAAUAAGAUUCGUGUCCGUUCAUAACAAAACAGGUCAGAUGCCAGCAUCCCUGUUAAAGUUUAAUUGAAGAAAAAGAGUUUGUUCUUGACAGUCGGACUCACUUUUACAGGCCAAAUUGUCAUGCAUUAUACGAAUGAACGAAUAAUGAGUGAAAUUAUAUAAUCUUUUACAUAAACUCACUCAUAGAUGGCGUUGGCAUAUAACCACUUCAAUUCAAAGGCAAAAGAAUAACCUUACAUUGAUAAGGUUACUCACCAGUGUGAUGCUAAAUGUCUCGGAGCUCGUGACGUGACGGGACUGACAAACAUUACAUUCAUAAGGAUCCUUGUCUGUGACCAGAAAUAGAAUAAGCUAGCGUAAAUAUAUAUACAUACAUGUAAGUAUAUAUUUAUAUAUUUUAUAUAUAUUAUAUAUAAUUGUGUAGUUAGCUUGUUUAAGUUUCAUUUGCUGAAUUUGGUAGAAAGUUUUAAUAUAUAUGCUGUAUGUGUGUAAUGUAUUUUUUAUUUUUUUAGACAUGUUAGAAGCUUUGUACAAAUGCAUAGUAUGUGUCUAAUGAAACUUAUAAGUUGCUUCGUAAAUAUAUAUUUGCUUGAUAAUAAUUAAUCAACUAAGGCUUAAUUCACUUUUUAGAAGGUUGUAUAUACAUAGUUGCAUUGUAAAUUCUUGUUAAUGUAGGUAAAAAAAGUUAAGGAUAUUUAUUUUGUUUUGAACCUAAUCAAAAGAUUAUCAUUUACACAUAAAACAUUCAGUUACUUUAAAAAAUAAUGUUUGAAAUAAUAUAACUUUUAAAAGUGGAAUAAAUCAAAAAUAUGACAAUCAAUUUAAUUAUUAUUAUUUAGGAAAAUAAAUUCCAAGGCAAAAACUAAACAUCAGGACCAUGAUGGGUUCGGGAAAUAUUAACAAACCAAUUGAGUUAUAAAAAGAGGAAUAAAGACACAUCAUCACAACUUCUCCACCAGUGUAAAAGUUACCCACCAAGCUAAAUAAUUUUAGGUCUUUUGGUCUAAGGUAAGGCUACUUACUCUUUUACACUUUGCCCCAGUGGGGUUUAAAAAUUUAAUGUUUUUAUCUUUCUAUACCGUUAACCUUACGAACAUCAUACGUGACAGCUAACCACAUAUGAUGUACGUAAAGUUACCCGAAAUUAAUAAAUCUAAAUGGGACCUUGAAUACGAAAAACAUGCAUUUAAACCAAAAAAAAAACCUCAAUUUAAUUGGGCUGUGCUGUGUCAGUGAUAAAUUAUUCCCCAUUGGGUUGCAUUAAUUUACAGAACUGAGAUUCUGUUAUUUAAUUGUGAAUCGUUAAGGGUAGGUUGUGCGGCGGGGCGGCGCGAAUUGUGUAGUGUAAAGGCGUGUGUACCAAGUGCCAAAUAAGGUAGGAAAACGCGGUGUUGAUGCGGAGGAUAUCGGGGUUCGGAAAUUGUAUUUUAAAUGAAUUAAAUUCCAUACGUUUAUUAAGUGACGUUCCUUUUUAUGGUUUUGUUUGCGUUUCCAAGUUAUUAUAAUGGCAAAGACAUAAUUAGCCUUAUCGAAUAUAUGUAGAGCAAAAUGUUGUUUUAGUAUGGGUUUCUUGUCUUUUAUUUAUAAAAGUAAAACUUGAAAGUUUGAAAUUGUUCUAUAAUUUAUACUAUGAACUAUUAUUGGAGGAUCAACUUGUGUUAUUAGCUGAUUUAUUUUUACAUACACACACAUCAUUUAUACAUGUUCAUGGUCAUUUUCAUCUUUAUAGAUCUCAUAGUUCGUUUUCCACAUCUUACUUGGCAGUUGGUUUGAUUCGUAUUAAUUGUUUAUUUGUUCGCAUAAAAUGGCAUCACUUAUCAAAUAAUAUGUCAUAUUUUAAGUUUUCUUCUUUAUAUGUUAGAUUACUCGCAUUAUAGCGUUGUGAUUGGACAAUAAUAUUGUCUCCAGUGUAAAUCUCAGUAAAAACAACAGAUUUUUCUGAUUGUUACUUUAGAGUGCAGGGUCGACUGACCUUGAUAUUUUUAUGUAAAACGGCCGUAUCCUGUAAACCAGUAACUUUAUAUAUAAUGAAAUUAUGUAGAACAAAUAAUUUGCAAACAUUGUAAUGCCGGAGUAAUCUAAGAUACAUUUUUGUUUUGGCAGUGUUCUAUUGAUUAUUAUUUGCACAGUAACAUUUAAAAGCUCGGAAUAUGCGAGGUUUCUAUUGGCGCCAUCCGAUUUUCUUACUGUGUUAUGUGUAUUGCUAUAGAAUUUUUUCACGUUAUUUUUUACUAUGUAAAUGAACCUCCCAUAUUUCUAGUUUUUUAUUAUUUUUUUAAUAUAUAACAGCCAAAUAUAGUGUGUUUUACAACAUAAACAUCAACCACAAUAUACAUACAUACAUACAUAAACUCACGCCUCUUUCCCGGAGGGGUAGGCAGAGACUACCUCUUUCCACUUGCCACGAUCCCUGCAUACUUCCUUUGCUACCACAAUAUUGUUAGUUUAUUUCGAACAAGGUACCCUGCAAGCAUUGGAAUCAAUAAUAAAGUAACAGGUAUUGAACCUGUUAUAUUUGUAUAUCUCUCAGGAAAUCCUGUAACCUAGUACUGGACACUAAUAUAAAAUAACGAUAAUCAAAUUUUGAUACCUAUUGUAUGGUCCUUUUUAUGUUGUGGUUGACUUUGACAAUAUCCAUUAAAUUUUUUCCUUAUAUUUCACCAGUUAUUCAUAUAUUGACAAUUAAUGAAUUUAAUGUAUAUUAAGGUAUAUAUUUCCAUGUCUGCGCAUUAUAUUUUAUGGUAUUUUAUAUAUCAUUUUCCUAAAUGAAAAAGUAGUAUUAAGUUAUCGUUGUAUAUUUUUAGCAUUUAUUUUAGAUGUAUGUAUAUUUUGUCACUGCUCCUCAGUUUAUAAAUCAAAUACUCGAUCCCAAAACUCUGUCAGACCAAUUUUGUAUUAAGUAAUUUAUUUAUUAAUUGCCCACCGAUCCUAUGUUAUUUAAAUUAAAAACAAAAUAGUACAACAAACCACUAAGAUUACUAGACAGCAGAGAGGGACAUUAUAUCGUUGGGUCAUCCCGUCUCCAAAUUGUGGUGGGCCCACGUUUCUCCAAGGAAACGCAGACAUGCCGCUCAGAACCUAGAAAAAACUUUAGUUUUCUUUGAAUAAGUCAAUAUUUGUCGCACAUUACCUACACGUAACCCACGUCGUUUUAAUUCUCAAUUCAAUGUAAUUAAUGUAUAAAAAUGAUUUAUGUUAAUUUGUGAUAAAUUUUUAAUUAAGCCUAAGACAUUAUUUUAAGACUGUGUUUCUUUAAGCUUCUUACAUAUUACCUUUCGGCGGAGACACAAGCUACGUAAUCAAAAAAGGGUUGAAUAUUGCUGAAUGUAUCGAUAGAUAACAGAAACUGGAUCGUGAGUGCAGAAUGACUGUUAACCGACAUUUUUCAUAUCAUAUUUGCUAAUCAAUUCUUAAAACAUAAAACGCACCUUGUAAAAUGUUAGCUUAUGAUAUUUUGUGCUAUAUUGGCCUUUAAAGUCUAUCCCCGCAUAUCACGGCAUAUCAUCUUCCAAGGAUGUGUGUAAACUUAUAAUUUAAAAUAGCAAAGAAAUUAUCAACAUUGGCAAAAAGCGAAACUAAAUACCAGUCAUUCUGAACUUACGCAAUAUUCCUCGCUAAACUAGACUGGAUCACUAUGCCUGUAUAAAGUUCCAAUAGACUAGUAUCGUCCGCGUCUAGUCUAAUAUACUUAGAGUUAGGUGUAGAUAUGAUUUUAUAUAAGGCGUGUAGGUAGUUUAUAUUCAAAUUCUCUAUGAUUGUAACAAAUCAAUUCGUUUCUCUGUAAAGACGGUGUAUACAAAAUUACUCUCGAAGCGUUUAGGCCACUGUACCGAAUGUUAUUACAGGAGAAAUAAAUAAAUCUCAAAAUUAUAA